GUAAACAUUUCGAAAUUUUGAAUUUCGAUUUCAGAUCAACUGUCGCACAAAGAUUACAGAUUAUAGAUAUCUUUAUAAGAGUAUAAAAAAAUAAGUCUAAAACUAUAUGUCUAUAAUGGUCUAUUCAGUAUCACUUUAAAUAGUACCUACCUUCUAAAUAGUAAAUUCAAAUUAAUAAAUUAUUUUAUUUACAUUUUUGAUAAUCGGUAAAUACUUUAAAAUAUAAAUGAUCGUUUUAAACUGCAAUGUGAUCAGUUAACCUCGCAGAUAUAAUAUAAUAUAAUUUAAUUCUUUGAAUCCAUAAAAUUAAUUGUAAUAAAUCCAAACUUCCAAUAUUGUUUUAUAUUUGAAACAAUAUAAUCAUGGCAGCAACUAGCACUUCCUCUUGGUCUGAUAAAAACGAACAAAAAGUUUUCAAAUGUAUUGCAAAAGCAGCAACUAAAUAUCCAUUUUCUAUACUUAUGAUUGGCAAUACCAACUGGAGUACUCAAAUAGCAGAUGCAUUGAUUGAGUAUCAUGAAAACAAUCAUAUUUCCAAGAUUCAAGUGCACAAGGCACAAAGUGUAAAAUCAGCACUGUCUACACUGUCCACUGUAUAUGCAGAUCUUGUAAUUAUUUUGUUGGACAUAAGUAAAAAUGAUUGCUUAGUAGAUGUAGAAGUUAAUUUAUUAGCUCUAGAACCAGCAUUAUUAUGUGGCAGAACCAUUUUGGUAAACCCGAAAAAUAGUAUUAAGCGUAAAGAUAUGGGAGUUUCUUAUGAAAAUAUUGACAGUCUUAAAAGAAAAUAUAACUUACUUAUUUUACAUGGAAAUAUAGAUGAUUACAUCAGUAAAAUGUUUUUAGCAAGAAGAAUUAUGGUUUAUUCAUACAAAAUAAAUAAUAACGGUUUACCAAAUAUGUUAGAGUUUAAUUCUGUUGAUUUGUAAAACUAAUAGACUACUUUUUUUUUUUUGUAUAAUUUAGUAUUGCAUAACAAAUAAUGAAAUAAAACAUCUUUGUAAAUACAUGUUAAGAUUUUAUUUAUAUAUUUUCUACAUUUAUUUCUCGAUUAAAUAAUUA